AUGGCAGGCCCUGGUAAAGUUAGAAGCACAGCAUCAUCUAAAGUUGGUUUACCUACUCAGCAAGCUCCAGCUAGAGUUGCUGCCCCUAUUGAACAUGCACCAGCAAACUUAACUCCAUCUGCUCAAAGUGUACCAUCUACAAAUGCUCGACAUAUCCAGGCUGCACCAUCUAUAAAUGCAACUACUACUCAGGCUGUACCAUCUACAAAUGCAACUACUACACAGGCUGCACCAUCUACAAAUGAAGGUACUACCCAGGCUGCACCAUCUACACUUACUUUGCGUACCCGUUCUACACAGGGAAGGGGUCAGACUCGAGGGAAGAGCAUAGCGCAUCUCAUAGCUAAAAAUGGUGGCAAAAAACUUCCUGUUUGGGUCCCUGCAGAUGCCAAGGUACCAGUAGGGCCUUAUGCCACUCCAUUUGCAAAUGAAGUUGGGUUGCAAAUAAGGAUGGCUGCACCUAUAAUUGGCAUGAGUAAGUGGGAUAAGAUUGACAAGAUUCAUAAAGCCCCAAUCAUUCAGGCAGUUCGGGAUAAAUUUGAGAUUGUUGAUUAUGAUGAGGAUAAAGAGGUUCGGAAAGCAAUCGACAAGAAGUGUAAAACCCUUUACAAAAGUUGGCGUAACAAGAUGAAGACGCAUUACUCAAAGUUGGUAGAAGCUGGUGUUGACCCUUACACUAAGCCAUACAAAGGGGUUGACCAUGAGGCUUGGGUAUACAUGAUUAAUCAUGUAUGGCUUAAUAGCGAUCAUCAGGAAUUGGCUGAAAAAGGGAGGAAUAGUCGAUCGAAAUUACCAUAUAAUCAUACAAUGGGCUCUAAGUCAUUUCAAGCUGCAAUGUAUAAAGAGGUGAUACAUUUAAUAUAUUUGAAAGUGUGA